ACAAAAGUCAAAACAUAACCUACAAAACUAUUUUUGUUUUCAUUGUAUGGUUGUUAAAUGUGUUUACUUUGAUCCACGUGUAUUGCUAAUCAGAAUAACUUAAAUCAUAAUAAAAUUACAUAUAAAUUAUAGUCUCAGGUGUACUAAUAACAUAUGAAUAAGCCCUUAAAUUUGAGAUAAAUUAGCGUAUUUUGGUAUCCAUUUGUGAGUUGUGGUGUUUGUUAUCUAACCAUGGGUAAGAAACGGAAACUUGCAGCCAAUAGUGAUGAUUUUGAAUAUGAUCCCAUUCCACGACACCUCGUUACAUCGCAUAUAAAGAAACAAGAAAAACGUCUCAUUGUAAUUCUGGAAAAUGCUCAGUUAGAAACAGUUAAGAAUGGAAAUAGUUUUGAGCUCUUGAACUGUGAUGACCAUGCGCACAUACUGAGGAAGAAUGACCGAGAUCCAGGAUCAUGUCGACCGGAUAUCACCCACCAGUCCCUCUUGAUGCUAAUGGACUCGCCACUCAAUAGGGCUGGACUCUUGCAAGUUUACAUACACACAGAAAAAAAUGUCCUAAUAGAAAUUAAUCCACAGACAAGAAUACCUAGGACUUUUAAAAGAUUUGCUGGUUUAAUGGUACAACUUUUACACAAAUUUGCUAUCAGAGCAUCAGAUGGCCCAAUGAAAUUGCUUAAAGUCAUCAAGAAUCCAAUCACAUCACACUUGCCUGUUGGUGUUAAAAAAAUUACCAUGUCGUUUAGUUCUAAGAUGGUACAGAAUUGCCGAGAGUUGGUGCCAAAAGAUGAACCGAUAGUUCUCAUAGUUGGAGCCAUGGCCCAUGGCAAGGUUGAAGUGGAUUACUCUGAGGAUGUGAUAUCAAUUAGCAACUAUCCUCUGUCAGCUGCCCUAACUUGUGCCAAACUUUGUUCAGCUUUUGAAGAAGUGUGGGAUAUUGUAUAAUUAUUAUAACAUGUAUUUUAUGUUUAAGUCAUUCAAUAAAUGUAAGAUGUAUUUUUGAUUC